AUUUUGUCACUUGCCCAAAAACGAACUAAAUUUCUAAUGUUUUAUAUAAAUUACUGCCAAAAGUUUUCCUUAUUCUUUUGUAUAUAAUAUAGUAACUGCUCAUCACUAAUGGAUACACAAGCUGAGCAGUCAUUGCCCGCAACCAAACCCAGCAUCGAUGAGCUGCGCGUGCAAUUUGAGAACUACAAGCUUCGCUGUGAGCAACAAAAUAAAUUGGAAGAGAGCAAAUUACAGACAUUUUGCCUCGAUGACGAAAUGCAGCAGCUACACGAAGAUCUGUUGCUGCUGCGCCAAGGCUUGGAACAGCUGCAGCUGCAGAACAGCAAUCCAGAUGCCAUAGAGCAGUGUCCGCUUAGCUCAAAUGGAAUAGAGCAAUCGCAGCCGCAGUCGCAGCAAGAGGACAAGCCACUGAUUAUUAGCACUGGCGAGAGUCAAUGUCUGUUCGAGCAUUGCCGCCGUCGCGUGGACAGUCAGCUGCUGUUGCUGCACUACAUCAGUGAUCAUAGCAGCGGGGCUGAAGGUUUCCAGAGCUGCUACAGUGUGGCAGAAGGUGAGCGCGUAGUGCUGACAUUCAAUGCUCAAAGCUGUGCGUAUCAGACAAAUAAAGUAAUUGGACUGCUGGCCUAUAGCGGUUCACUGCUGCAGCUGCAGAUGCGGCCAAAGCGUCGACAUGUCUAUAAUAGCUUUCUGCCGCAGCAGCAUGCGCAUCUGGAGGAUCAUGUGCCGGUCGUUGUGCUCAUUUGCAGAACCUCUGCCUGUGCAGGGCUCAAGGAUAAGCAGCUGGCGGCACGUGUGCUAAAGCGUGCGCAGCCAGAGAAUGAAGUCUAUGUUAUAUGGCUGGUGACGCCGCAGCAGCGGCUGCAGUUGAAUGCCACGUUGAGCAUUUGUGGACGCGAUGCAGCCAAGCGUUGCAGCAGCAUUGUGGCAGUGCGUCAGGUGCGUCACAGUCAGAAUACUUGCCGUUUUAUGCCUGUGGAUGCGAACUACUGGCGCUUAUCGUUUGGUGAAAUGCAAAAGAUUUCAAAUAACUUUAGAGAUGAUCUGCAUUUGGAGAUAGCGCUAACAGAGCUCGAGGAGCGUUUGUUUUAGUCUACUUACACAAGCGUUGUCCUGCAGCGCUUUGCACUUGGCCUGCUCCAGCUCGUCGCUCAGAUCUGCAAUGCGUCUGUCCAGCGCCUGCAUUUAUAUGGACAAAUAAUUGUGUUUUUUGUACAGAGUUUUUAAUUUUGUGAACUUUUAAUAAACGCUUACAUUUGUUUGCUCAA